CCACGUCAUAUCCCGUGAACCCUCUCGAGACACGAACAGGCGAUAAAAAAACCCUUGCGGCCUCUCUCCUUACUGAAACUCCAGUCUUUACUCUCUGAGCUCUCUUUGGUUCUCAUCUAAACCUUCCUCACUUCAAAUCUUCAGCAAUGGCAGCCAUGCUGCAGCCGCAGAUCAUACUCUUGAAGGAAGGGACGGAUACGUCGCAAGGGAAGGCUCAGCUGGUUAGCAACAUUAAUGCUUGCACUGCGGUGGCCGAUGUAGUCAGGACGACUCUGGGACCCAGGGGGAUGGACAAGCUCAUCCACGAUGACAAAGGCAGUGUUACCAUUUCCAAUGAUGGAGCUACCAUAAUGAAGUUGCUUGAUAUUGUCCAUCCGGCUGCUAAGAUCCUUGCCGAUAUCGCUAAGUCUCAGGACUCUGAGGUUGGUGAUGGAACCACUACAGUAGUAUUGCUUGCAGCUGAGUUUUUGAAGGAGGCCAAACCUUUUGUGGAGGAUGGAGUCCACCCACAAAAUUUAAUACGGAGUUAUAGGACUGCAUGCUAUUUGGCAAUUGAGAAGAUCAAAGAACUAGCUGUAAGCAUAGAAGGAAAAAGCCUAGAAGAAAAGAAAAGUUUACUUGCUAAAUGUGCUGCCACAACUCUUUCUUCAAAGCUUAUCGGUGGGGAGAAAGAGUUCUUUGCUCAGAUGGUUGUGGAUGCUGUCAUUGCAAUUGGAAAUGAUGAUAGGCUAAAUAUGAUUGGAAUAAAGAAGGUACCUGGUGGCAACAUGCGAGAUUCCUUUCUAGUGAAUGGUGUUGCCUUUAAAAAGACAUUUUCAUAUGCCGGGUUUGAACAGCAACCAAAGAAGUUUUUAAAUCCAAAGAUACUUCUACUCAACAUUGAAUUGGAAUUGAAAUCUGAGAAAGAAAAUGCAGAGAUAAGGCUGUCAGACCCGUCACAGUAUCAGUCAAUUGUUGAUGCAGAAUGGAAUAUUAUUUAUGAAAAGUUGGAUAAAUGUGUACAAAGUGGGGCCAAAGUGGUUCUUUCACGUCUGGCUAUUGGAGAUUUGGCAACACAGUAUUUUGCAGAUCGAGAUAUUUUCUGUGCUGGUCGUGUAGCUGAAGAAGAUUUGCAAAGGGUUGCAGCUGCAACUGGUGGAACUGUGCAGACAACUGUGAACAACAUAAUCGAGGAGGUUCUUGGAGCUUGUGAUAUUUUUGAGGAAAAGCAAGUUGGAAAUGAGAGGUUUAACAUAUUCAGUGGAUGCCCUUCUGGAAGGACAGCCACUAUAGUUCUUCGUGGUGGAGCAGAUCAGUUCAUUGAGGAAGCUGAGCGGAGUUUACACGAUGCAAUCAUGAUUGUUAGAAGAGCUUUGAAAAACUCAACCGUUGUUGCUGGUGGUGGUGCCAUUGAUAUGGAAUUAAGCAGAUAUUUGAGGCAGCAUGCUCGCACAAUAGCUGGGAAGUCUCAGUUAUUUAUCAACUCUUAUGCAAAAGCCCUUGAGGUUAUCCCGCGACAACUAUGUGAUAAUGCGGGGUUUGAUGCAACUGAUGUGCUGAACAAAUUAAGACAGAAGCAUGCACUUCCAUCUGGUGAGGGUGCACCUUUCGGAGUGGAUAUCAACACUGGUGGAAUAGCUGAUUCAUUUGCUAAUUUUGUUUGGGAACCAGCCGUUGUAAAGAUUAACGCAAUAAAUGCUGCUACUGAGGCUGCCUGUCUUGUAUUAAGUGUGGAUGAGACAGUAAAGAACCCUAAGUCUGAAAGUGCACAGGGGGAAGCUGCUGCAAGUGCUAUGGGCGGUAGAGGGCGGGGAGCUGCCUUCCGUGGCCGUGGACGAGGUAUGCGAAGACGAUGAGCUAACUGGAUGUGAUUUGCAGGAGGUGUUGUACUUGUUAACGAGCAUCUUUCAAAUUUUCUCCCCUUGAUAUCAGUCGGUUUCAAUGUAUGAUCAUUUGAAUUAGAUUUGUUCUAUCUGCCUAUUCAACUUAUGGACGUAGUGGCCUUGCGACUCAUUGUCUAAAAUUUUGUUGAUUUGGUAUUUUUUGGAGAUGCAAGUUCUUCUUCUCUUA